AUGAUGAAUUAUAUUCAGCUUGAGAAACUUGGUGAGGGAACUUAUGCAACGGUGUACAAGGGUAGAUCCCGGACGACCAACGAGAUCGUCGCCCUCAAGGAGAUUCAUCUCGAUGCUGAAGAGGGCACGCCAUCCACCGCCAUUCGAGAAAUCUCGCUCAUGAAAGAGUUGAAGCAUGUCAACAUUGUCAGACUCCACGACGUGAUCCACACAGAAACCAAACUCGUCCUCAUCUUUGAAUACUGCGAGCAGGAUCUCAAGAAGUACAUGGACCAGCAUGGCGAAAGAGGCGCACUCGAACCAGAAGUCGUUCGCAGUUUCAUGUAUCAGCUACUCAAGGGCACCGCCUUUUGUCACGAGAACCAAGUUCUGCAUCGAGACUUGAAACCCCAAAACUUGCUCAUCAAUCGUAAAGGCGAGCUCAAGUUGGGUGAUUUUGGAUUGGCGAGAGCCUUUGGUGUCCCUGUGAACACGUUCUCGAACGAGGUCGUAACGCUCUGGUACAGAGCUCCCGACGUAUUACUCGGAUCUCGGACUUACAGCACCUCGAUCGAUGUCUGGUCUUGCGGCUGUAUAUUCGCGGAGAUGAUUUCGGGCGUCCCCUUGUUCAGAGGGAGGGACAAUCAGGACCAACUACUUCAUAUCAUGAGGAUAAUUGGAACACCAAGCCCCGCUCAGUUCGCAAAGAUCUGCAAAGAGACGCCUGAGAUCCAGCCGAAGCAAUUCCCGAACUAUCCUCGACUACCCUUCCACCAAGUCCUCCCAAAGGCUUCGCCACAAGCCCUUGAUCUACUCGACAAAUUGCUCAAGUUCGAUCCUGCCGAACGUAUCUCGGCAGCAGACGCCCUUGCUCAUCCCUAUUUCACAACGGCAACAAACACGCCCUUUGGCUUGAAUUCAUCACCAAGCUCAAUGCCCCCUCCUUCUUUCAACUUCCCUCAUUCGCAUGUUCAUCAGGCCCAGCAACAACAUCAGCAGCGACAGCAACAACAGCAACAACAACAGCAGCAACAGCAACAACAACAACAACAGCAACAGGUCCAUCAUCAACAAAUACAACCCCACUACUCCCGCCCAAUAUACGGACAGAUCCCGCAACACCCUCAGAACCCCGCGCAAGUGAAGAAUGUCCAGGUUCCAUAUGGAAACGUUCAAUACCCCCCCUAUGGUGCACCUCCCCGAUAA